GCUUCGCGUUCGAACGGCGGCGGCGGCGGCGGCGGCAGCGCCGGGCGGGAUCAUGGCGGGAGCGCGGGCUCUGCUCCGGCACUGCCCGCUGCUGCUGCCGCAGGACCGCCACGGCACCGCCUACGAGGGCUUUGUCACCGCCCAGGGUAGAGACUUCCACAUCAGGAUACUGCUACCAGCAGAUUUACAACUGAAAAAUGCRAGGAUAGAGUGCAGCUGGCAUCUGAAGAAGAUCCUGCGUGAAUAUCAGCACAUUUUGAAGCAGAGGUUGCACAGCUGCCCAGAUCUUGUCAGUUUUAUGGUGGAGCUGAAAACUGUUUUGGAAAUUGCUUUAAAGAACACACCAGACCUGCACAUCCCACGGCCUCCAGAAUACUACUCCUGUCUUGUCAGAGAUCUAGAAAUACUGGGCUGGAAUAAAGUGGCCUAUGUGGACACUGGGCUAACCACAGUCAAGUUAAAAGCUGAAGACUCUUGUGGUCGACAGCAUCUCAUCACUCUCAAGUUAAAUGCAAAGUAUCCUACAGAACCACCAGAUUGCCUUGUGGAUUUUCCCAUUCCAUUUGCUGUUUCCUGGAUGCCACAGAACUCCUUAAUAGACAUUUACAAUCAGUUCCUGGCAGCAUUGGAGUCACUGAAGGAAUUCUGGGAUGCYCUGGAUGAAAUCGAUGGGAAGACAUGGGUGCUUGAGCCAGAAAAACCCACACGGAGUGCUACAACCAGAAGAAUUGCAAUAGGGAACAAUGUCUCAGUGAACGUAGAGGUAGAUCCUCACCAUCCAAAUAUGCUUCCAGAGUGUUAUUUCCUUGGAGCAGAUCACGCAGUGAACCCUCUGAGAACUAAACUCAACAACAACAUGCACUUGUGGGAUCCAGAAAUCAGUUUGUUACAAAACUUGAGAGARCUCCUAGAAAUUGAUUUUCCAUCUCGUGCAGUGUUGGAAAAAAGCGACUUUGCCAAGGACUGUGGGAUCUGCUACGCCUAUCGGCUCGAUGGCAGCGCGCCCGACCAAGUGUGUGACGAUCCUCGCUGCGGGCAGCCCUUCCAYCAGGCCUGUCUCUAUGAGUGGCUACAAGGCCUUCCUACCAGCAGACAGAGUUUUAAUGUCAUCUUUGGUGAAUGUCCCUAUUGUAAUAAGCCYCUGACACUGAAAUCUUCAAUGAAGAAACUCUAGGAAAAAAAUGUGUGCUUGGAACACSACU